GCUAAAGUUGCGCAAAUGUCAUAUCGUGAAUGACUUUUAUGUGCUUUACCUUACAAAUAAAAGAAACUUUAUGAAAUUCAAGAUAAAUAGUGAUAAGCAAACGUAAAUGAAAUAUCUCACGUAGAUGUCAUGACAACGAUGGUUGAUUAGGCUACAUCAAUUAACAUUUGAAUAUGAGAUCUGUCAUUAUUUCAGUAACCAGUUUGGUUGAAUGCACCUCUAUUGACAAGUUACAAACGAAAAUAAAGAAUGGCAUGACAACGAUUCAAGAAAAGUUUUCAUUUGUAGCGAAGAUUGAGAAGGAUGGAAAACAUGUUUGUUCAUGUGUUCUUAUAGACUACAAUGUUGCCAUAACAUUGACGUCAUGCGUUGAAGGGCCAUUGUCAAAUAUAAGAGUUCUAAUCAAGAGUGGAAACCGCGGAAAUUUUACGUCUACAAAGAUUCAGAACACUAUGAAACUUGAUAAGAAUAAAAAGGUCAUCUUGAUAGAACUUGAAAAAAAGAUUGCAAACAGAGAAACACUGCCCAGCAGACGACACAGUAUAAAAAAGAGCUCAGUCUGUAAAGUAGUCGGAUUUUCAUCUAAUGGCAAAAACCUGGAAGAAGUAAAAAUAUACACAAAACCACUGAAUAAAUGUUCAGUCACAAACAAAAAGAUGUACUUUUGCUAUGAUGUAGAAAAGGAAACAAAGCUGUGUCAGGCUAUGAAGAAGUUGAACACAGGUCAGAAAAAUUAG